UGGUUUGGUUUUUGGUUGCAGCCAUUGUUGUUUUGCUUUGUUGUUGACUUUUUGAUAUUCUUUCUUUCCUUCCUUUCCUGCCAUGUUUUUCCAAACCCCAAAAGACCAUUGAGGACACUGCAGAAAAGUGGGGUGACCCCCGUAACAGGAAAAGAUGACGGGGCUAAAGCUGACAGGAACACAGCUGGAAGGGCUGGGGCAGGGGAGUACCUGCAUAGGGAGGGCCUCUGAUCCUGGAGUCAGGGCAGAGGGGCAGCCAGAGAGAGGACAGAAGCCACCACGGGAUUUGGUGACUUAAAACCUGUGCCAACCCCUCCCCUUGGGCUCAGAUGUGGCUAAACUAGCCAGAAAGUCCUGAACAAAAGCGGUGGGUGUGAGCUGGACAGGGAGGGCAGGCGUCUUUCCUCCCUCUUCCCAGCACUGUGUCAUCUGGGGCUCCCUGGAGGUCAAUAAGUGAAUGAGUGACCACAGAGCCCCUGGUGACAUGUCUACUAUCCCAGAACCCGUUCCUCUCUUUCUUCCCGGGCUCUUGGCAUUAGGGUAGGAGGGGGGAGGGGACAUGAAAAUGGAGGAAGAAUAAAGUGAGGAGGGGAUGAGGGAGUGUGGCCUCUGGCGAGACACAGGAGGCAGGAUGCUUGCGGUGACCCCCAGGAUUUAGACUUACUGUGCGGCCUUGAGCCAAUCAGCUCCCUGCUCCGACAGAGCUAGUCAUUUGCGCUGGCAGGGCCCCUUUGACUGUUAGUCUGCACACAGCUCGGAAGACACACAGACACACACAACACAGUACAGAACACAUGUGAAGGGGCUGCCAGGGAGGUUAGGGUAGGAAGGGUCGGAGCUGGGAGAAGUCUCUGCUAUCUCAGAGAUCAGGGACGUCUUCUCAGAGGAGGAGGGGCUUUGGCAGGCCGCUAAGGGAGAGAAGACUCUAGUCAGGCCCCUUGUGUGGGUAUGGACAAUGAAGAGAUUCCGGAGAAUCGAGAGACAGGUUGGACCUUAGUACACAGGAGACCCAAGGGCCACCCUGUCUCAAGCCCUCAAGACUAAGUGCGCUUCCCCACCUAGCACUUCUCAGUUAUCCGCCCCGGGGAAGCUAGGUGUACAGAGUAGGGGAGGGCAGGAUGUGACGUUUACCAUCUCUAAAUAUUCGGGUGACUAACAACACUAUCCCACUGACCUACUGUCCCGAUGCCCCAUCCCUUCCGGAGAGACCUCACACCCUCUGACACCUUCCUCCUUCUCCUUCCAGCAAUUUCUGGCAACAAAGACUGGGGGCACCCUUGAGGAUCAAAUCAUCGAGGCCAACCCUGCCAUGGAGGCUUUUGGCAACGCCAAGACCCUGCGGAAUGACAACUCUUCCCGCUUUGGCAAGUUCAUCCGCAUCCACUUCGGUCCCUCUGGGAAGCUGGCCUCUGCAGACAUCGACAGCUAUCUCCUGGAAAAGUCUCGAGUGAUCUUCCAGCUGCCUGGUGAGCGUGGUUACCACGUCUACUACCAGAUCCUCUCGGGGAAGAAGCCAGAGCUGCAGGACAUGCUGCUUCUGUCUAUGAAUCCCUAUGACUACCACUUCUGCAGCCAGGGGGUCACCACCGUGGACAACAUGGAUGAUGGAGAAGAACUUAUCGCCACUGAUCACGCAAUGGAUAUCCUGGGCUUCAGUGUGGACGAGAAGUGUGCCUGCUACAAGAUCGUGGGUGCCCUCCUGCACUUUGGCAACAUGAAGUUCAAACAGAAGCAGAGAGAGGAACAGGCUGAGGCAGACGGCACGGAGAGCGCUGACAAGGCUGCCUUCCUGAUGGGGGUCAGCAGUGGAGACCUCCUCAAAGGUCUCCUGCACCCCCGGGUGCGUGUGGGGAAUGAGUAUGUGACCAAGGGCCAGAGCGUGGAGCAGGUGGUAUUUGCUGUGGGGGCCCUGGCCAAGGCUACCUAUGACCGGCUGUUCCGGUGGCUGGUGUCUCGCAUCAAUCAGACCCUGGACACAAAGCUGCCCCGACAGUUCUUCAUUGGGGUCCUGGACAUCGCUGGCUUUGAGAUCUUUGAGUUCAACAGUUUCGAGCAGCUGUGCAUCAACUUCACCAACGAGAAGCUGCAGCAGUUCUUCAACCAGCACAUGUUCGUGCUGGAGCAGGAGGAGUACAAGCGGGAGGGCAUCGACUGGGUCUUCAUCGACUUCGGCCUGGACCUGCAGCCUUGCAUCGACCUCAUCGAGAAGCCUCUGGGCAUUCUGUCCAUCCUGGAGGAGGAGUGCAUGUUCCCCAAGGCUUCAGAUGCCAGCUUCAGGGCCAAGCUCUACGACAACCACUCGGGGAAGUCACCUAACUUCCAGCAGCCUCGCCCAGACAAGAAACGCAAGUAUCAGGCUCACUUCGAGGUGGUCCACUAUGCAGGCGUGGUCCCUUAUAGCAUCGUGGGCUGGCUGGAGAAGAACAAGGACCCCCUCAAUGAGACAGUGGUCCCCAUCUUCCAGAAGUCACAGAACAGACUCUUGGCCACCCUCUACGAGAACUACGCAGGCUCUUGCUCCACUGAGCCCCCCAAGUCUGGGGUGAAAGAGAAGCGUAAGAAGGCAGCAUCAUUUCAGACGGUGUCGCAGCUUCACAAGGAGAACCUCAACAAGCUCAUGACCAACCUACGGGCCACACAGCCUCACUUCGUCCGUUGCAUCGUCCCCAACGAGAACAAGACUCCAGGGGUCAUGGAUUCCUUCUUGGUGCUACAUCAGCUACGCUGCAAUGGGGUCCUGGAGGGGAUCCGGAUCUGUCGCCAAGGGUUCCCCAACAGGCUGCUGUAUGCAGACUUCAGGCAGCGGUAUCGCAUCCUGAACCCCAGUGCCAUUCCAGAUGACACCUUUGUGGACAGCAGGAAGGCCACAGAGAAGCUGCUGGGCUCCCUGGACAUCGACCACACUCAGUAUCAGUUUGGCCACACCAAGGUGUUCUUCAAGGCUGGGCUUCUAGGCAUCUUGGAAGAGCUCCGGGACCAGCGCCUGGCUAAGGUCUUGACACUGCUGCAGGCCCGGAGCCGGGGCCGCCUCAUGCGCCUGGAGUACCAGCGCAUGCUGGGAGGAAGGGAUGCCCUGUUUACCAUCCAGUGGAACAUCCGGGCCUUCAAUGCCGUCAAGAACUGGUCCUGGAUGAAGCUCUUCUUCAAGAUGAAGCCACUGCUGCGCUCGGCCCAGGCCGAGGAGGAGCUGGCGGCGCUGCGGGCCGAGCUGCGGGCGCUGCGCGGGGCACUGGCUGCUGCUGAGGCCAAGCGUCAGGAGCUGGAGGAGACUCACGUCAGUGUCACUCAGGAGAAGAACGACCUGGCACUGCAGCUGCAGGCCGAGCAGGACAACCUAGCGGAUGCAGAGGAGCGCUGCCACCUGCUGAUCAAGUCCAAGGUGCAGCUGGAGGCGAAGGUGAAGGAGCUGAAUGAGCGCCUGGAGGAUGAGGAGGAAGUGAAUGCUGACCUGGCCGCCCGCAGGCGCAAGCUGGAGGAUGAGUGCACAGAGCUCAAGAAGGACAUCGAUGACCUGGAGUUGACACUGUCCAAGGCUGAGAAGGAGAAACAAGCCACUGAGAAUAAGGUGAAGAACCUGACAGAGGAGAUGGCCGCGCUGGAUGAGUCCGUGGUCCGACUAACCAAGGAGAAGAAGGCCUUGCAGGAGGCUCACCAGCAGGCCCUGGGUGACCUGCAGGCCGAGGAGGACCGCGUGAGUGCGCUGGCCAAGGCCAAGAUCCGGCUGGAGCAGCAAGUAGAGGAUCUGGAGUGCUCCCUGGAGCAGGAGAAGAAGCUGCGCAUGGACACCGAACGUGCCAAGCGCAAACUCGAAGGGGACCUGAAGCUGACGCAGGAGACGGUGACAGACACCACCCAGGACAAGCACCAGCUGGAGGAGAAGCUGAAGAAGAAGGAUUCAGAGCUGAGUCAGCUGAACCUGCGGGUGGAGGACGAGCAGCUCCUGGGGGUCCAGCUGCAGAAGAAGAUCAAGGAGCUACAGGCGCGGGCAGAGGAGCUGGAGGAGGAGCUGGAGGCCGAGCGAGCAGCCCGGGCCCGCGUGGAAAAGCAGCGAGCAGAGGCAGCCCGAGAGCUGGAGGAGCUCAGUGAGAGGCUCGAGGAGGCUGGCGGAGCCUCAGCUGGGCAGCGUGAGGGCUGCCGCAAGCGUGAGGCCGAGCUGGGCCGGCUGCGGCGGGAGCUGGAGGAGGCGGUUCUGAGACACGAGGCCACCGUGGCCGCCCUGCGCCGGAAGCAGGCAGACGGGGCGGCCGAGCUGAGCGAGCAGGUGGACAGCCUGCAGCGGAUCCGGCAGAAACUGGAAAAGGAGAAGAGUGAGCUGCGCAUGGAGGUGGACGAUCUGGGGGCCAGCGUGGAGACUCUGGCCCGCGGCAAGGCCAGUGCGGAAAAGCUGUGCAGGACCUACGAGGACCAGCUCAGCGAGGCCAAGAUCAAGGCGGAGGAGCUGCAGCGGCAGCUGGCGGACGCCAGCACCCAGCGGGGGCGCUUACAGACGGAGAACGGGGAGCUGGGCCGCCUGCUCGAAGAGAAAGAAUCUAUGAUCAGCCAGCUGAGCCGAGGGAAGACGUCGGCAGCCCAGAGUCUGGAGGAGCUGCGGCGGCAGCUGGAGGAGGAGAGCAAGGCCAAGGGCGCACUGGCUCACGCCGUGCAGGCUCUGCGGCACGACUGCGACCUCCUCCGGGAGCAGCACGAGGAAGAGGCGGAGGCCCAGGCUGAGCUGCAGCGGCUGCUGUCCAAAGCCAAUGCUGAGGUGGCCCAGUGGAGGAGCAAGUACGAGGCCGAUGCCAUCCAGAGGACCGAGGAGCUGGAGGAGGCCAAGAAGAAGCUGGCCCUGCGGCUGCAGGAGGCAGAAGAAGGUGUAGAGGCUGCAAAUGCCAAAUGCUCUUCCCUGGAGAAGGCCAAGCUGCGGCUGCAGACAGAGUCAGAGGAUGUGACCUUGGAGCUGGAGCGGGCCACCUCAGCCGCUGCUGCCCUCGAUAAGAAGCAGCGGCACUUGGAGCGGGCACUGGAGGAGCGGAGGCGGCAGGAGGAGGAGAUGCAGCGGGAACUCGAGGCCGCACAGAGGGAGGCCCGAGGUCUGGGCACGGAGCUCUUUCGGCUGCGGCACAGCCACGAGGAGGCGCUUGAGGCCCUGGAGACACUCAAGCGGGAGAACAAGAAUCUGCAGGAGGAGAUCAGUGACCUCACAGACCAGGUCAGCCUCAGUGGGAAGAGCAUCCAGGAACUGGAGAAAGCCAAGAAGGCGCUGGAAGGGGAGAAGAGCGAGCUGCAAGCUGCCCUGGAGGAGGCUGAGGGGGCACUGGAGCUGGAAGAGACGAAGACUCUGCGGAUCCAGUUGGAGUUGUCCCAGGUCAAGGCAGAAGUGGACCGGAAGCUGGCGGAGAAGGAUGAGGAAUGCACCAACCUGAGGCGCAACCACCAGCGAGCAGUGGAGUCCCUCCAGGCCUCCCUGGAUGCAGAGACGAGGGCCCGCAAUGAAGCGCUGCGGCUCAAGAAGAAGAUGGAGGGGGACCUCAAUGACCUGGAGCUCCAGCUGGGCCACGCCACGCGCCAGGCCAUGGAGGCACAGGCGGCCACGAGGCUGCUGCAGGCCCAGCUCAAGGAGGAACAAGCGGGGCGGGAUGAGGAGCAGCGGCUAGCUGCCGAGCUCCGGGAACAGGGCCAGGCCCUGGAGCGCAGGGCUGCGCUGCUGGCUGCCGAGCUGGAAGAGCUGCGGGCCGCCCUGGAACAGGGCGAGCGCAGCCGGAGGCUGGCUGAGCAGGAGCUGCUGGAGGCCACAGAGCGCCUCAAUCUCCUGCAUUCACAGAACACAGGCCUCCUGAACCAGAAAAAGAAGCUGGAGGCGGACUUGGCCCAGCUGAGUGGGGAGGUGGAGGAGGCGGCGCAGGAGAGGCGGGAAGCUGAGGAGAAGGCCAAAAAGGCCAUCACCGAUGCAGCUAUGAUGGCUGAGGAGCUGAAAAAGGAGCAGGACACCAGUGCACAUCUGGAGCGGAUGAAGAAGACACUGGAACAGACGGUGCGGGAGCUGCAGGCCCGCCUGGAGGAGGCCGAGCAGGCCGCCCUCCGGGGCGGGAAGAAGCAAGUGCAGAAGCUGGAGGCCAAGGUGCGGGAGCUGGAGGCGGAGCUUGAUGCUGAGCAGAAGAAGCAUGCUGAGGCCCUCAAGGGGGUGCGCAAACACGAGCGCAGGGUCAAGGAGCUUGCAUACCAGACGGAGGAGGACAGGAAGAACCUGGCUCGCAUGCAGGACCUGGUGGACAAGCUGCAGAGCAAGGUCAAGAGCUACAAGCGUCAGUUUGAGGAGGCGGAGCAGCAGGCCAGCACCAACCUGGCUAAGUACCGCAAGGCCCAGCACGAGCUGGACGAUGCCGAGGAGCGCGCAGACAUGGCCGAGACCCAGGCUAACAAGCUGCGGGCAAGGAGCAGGGAUGCCCUGGGCCCCAAGCACAAGGAGUGACACCCAGGCUCUGAAGAGGCUACCCGCUGUCGGUCUGCUGUCGCCUGUCUGUGGCCACCCCCUCCCCGGAACUCUGAAUAAACGCCAUGUCUGCACAAGCACCACCGUCCUUAUUUCAUGGGGUCAGGGGAGCUGGGACAACCUCAGGGACAAAGUCAGUCCACAUCAGUCUUUAAAAUAAAGUUCUUUAAUAGUC